UGCACAUUCAUCAUCAACCUGUUCCUGAACAAGGACAACCACAUCAACGUCCACCCCGCACUCUUCUCGUGUUGUCCUAACUCCUAAGGUCUCUCUCUCUCUCUCUCUCUCUCUCUCUCUCUGGUCUGUACUGUACACCCAGAAACAAUAACAAGACUCAAACAUCAUCGUGCAUGUACUUUCAUUUCUGGUUCAUUUAUAAAGAUAGGAAAUUUCUGUCACGGUGAUUAGAUCUUCAUAUGAAAUGACCAACCCAUAAUUUUUGGACUCUCCAAGAUUUGUUUUCUUUGCUUUUUUAUUUCUGGGUUUUUGGAAUUUGGUUGAUCACAAAGUUGGUGGCGUUUCUUUGCGCGCCGAAAUUCAUUGAGAAUUUUGGAAAACUGGCGUAAUGGAUGACGUUGAUUCGAGCACGAGGAGAUGGGAGGAUCUGGACACGGAUAUUUUGGUGAAGAUUUUUCAGUUGCUUGACCUAUUCGAGUUAACUUCUGGCAUUGCUCAUGUUUGUAGUGCAUGGCGCGUGGCUUGUUGUGAUCCACUUCUUUGGAAGACACUUGAUUUGUCAAUGUUAAGAUCUAAUUUCAUCAAGAUUCCAUUAGAGCCAUUUGUUUACGUGGAUCAACGAUCUGAUAAGAAAUUGACCCGUUUAUUAAAGAUUUCCUUGAAUCUCAGCAAGCAGAGUAUAUUGACGCUGAUCUUCCAUUUCAACUUGUACGUAAGUGAUGAUCAGUUGACAUACACUGCUGAAAGAUGCCCACAACUGAAACGACUAGUUCUGCCGGCUUGGAACAGAAUUAAGAGAACAGGAAUGUGCAAGGCCAUCCGUUGCUGGAAAGAGCUGGAGUCUCUGACAAUGCCUAGUAUAGCAAACCCGCCAUAUUUUCUAGAGGAAAUUGCAACACACUGCAAGAACUUCAGAGAACUCAAGAUUAUGGGGCCAUGUGACAUGUUCUUUGCUUCAACUCUGGCUACAUUUGUUCCACAAUUGAGAGUCUUGAGCAUUCGUUGCACAGCGCUAUACAGGGAUGCUCUCAUUCUCAUCCUAGACAGCUUAGAACAUUUAGAAGUGCUCAACAUAUCACAUUGCAUUCUAAUUGAAGGCCAUCCAGGCCCUCCUUCUCAAUAUAAAAAGGUUAUCAAAAAAAUUGAUCCCAUUAUUCGCCAGAAGGCUUCUCGGUUGCGUGAAUUUAUCACAUGCAUGGAAGACUUGUGCAUCAUGUGCCAACGAACAAGAACUGAUGAAGGGAUAGUUAGGUGGUACAAGUACGAGGAAUGGUUUUGGAAAGAAGAUGAGGUGAAGGCUCUUGCACUUUAAGCAGACGAUAACAGCGAUCUGGUAUGAUCUGGUUGUUGAAUUGAACAUUUGCAGUUGUUAAGUUGUUCUCCUUUAAUUGUAGAUCCAAAUAACAAAUUUGAAUAUUUUCAAAUUGAUGUUGUUGUGCCUUUUAGUAGUUAAAUCGUGAAACUGUGUAUAAGAAUAAUUUCUAUUUUGUGCUCUGAAUUUAGUUGGUUUCAUUUUGAAGACGUUUGUUUGCUAUUGCCGAAACUUUACCAGAACAGUUUUGAAUCAAACAAGUAUUUACAAUA